AGAAAACUGUUAGAUAUUUGGCAGACUAAGUGGGCAACACUGAGCGCCAGUCUUGAAUAAACGUUUUGCAGAGUGCACAUAUCUUUGAUUUAUCAGUGGCGACGAGGAUAAAAAAAAUUCACAUAAAUUUAAAAAUUAAUUAAACUGUGUUGAGAAAAUUAUAAUGAUUGGUCAAAUUAGUGCAUUUGACGUUAAAAAUGGCAAUUGGUCAGCAUAUAUUGAACGUGUGGAGAUGUACUUUUUGGCAAAUAAAAUUGAAGAUGGCGUCAAAUUACCCACGCUUAUAGCGGUAAUGGGGGAAGAUAGCUACGACUUGCUAUCUACGUUGGCCAGUCCGAAGAAACCUUCGAGUCUAACUUUCAAAGAAGUUGUGAAUUUAAUGGAAACGCAUUUGCAGCCGAAACCUUCAAUAUUAGCGGAGCGUUACAGAUUUCGUCAAAGAAGGCAGCAAGAAAACGAAUCGAUUGCCGACUACGUGGCAGACUUAAAAAAAUUAUCACGGUUUUGUGAUUUCUCAACAACACUAGAAGAUAAUAUUAGAGACCAAUUUGUGUGCGGGCUAAAAAGUGAAUCUACAAGACAGAGGCUGUUUGCCGAGGAGAAUCUUUGUUAUAAAAAAGCCGUGUCGCUCGCGAUAAACCUUGAGGCGGCGGAACGUGACGCGGGCGUUGUGGAUCGUUCACUCAUUGUGGAGCAAGUAAAUAAAAUGCAAAUACGUGAGUGUAAAGCAUGUGGGGACACAAAUCAUCGCUGGGAAGAUUGUGUCUACAAAAAUUUUGUGUGCAGCCUCUGCAAAACGACAGGCCAUCUCCGUCGUAUGUGUUCGGGACGAGAGAAGACUGGGGUACGCGGUGAGGGCGUGAUGAACAGCUACGGGUACAGUGGCAGAUCGCGCGGGUGGCGCGGGCGAUGGCGCGGGAAGCGUGGCGGUCGAUCACGUGGCGCCGGGCGCGGGGCCGGACAAGGAGCCCCCGCCGACACCUACUGGCUGCAGGGAGCCGCCGGAUGCGAGGCUGGACCGGUGGCCAAAGCGGCGCCGGCGAGCGAGGUGCGCCAGCAAGAGGAAGUAGACUACACGGAUGAGGAGCCGAUCUAUCAGAUGUCCUUAGCUAAGUACAAACCGAUAUAAGUCGGUGUUUGACGGGACCCUGGGCAGGUACACUGGUGGUACGGUGGCGUUGAAGGUGCGUGAGGACGCAGAGCCUAUAUUUUGCAGAGCGAGGCCAUUGCCUUUCUCUAUGCGAGCGCGUGUGGAUGCAGAACUAGAUGCCAUGCUUCAGGCCGGCGUUGUGGAACCGGUGGACCACUCCGACUGGGCUACUCCGCUGGUCAUUGCUUCCAAAGCAGACGGGGGAAUUCGUAUUUGUGCCGACUACAAGGUGACACUCAAUCGAGCCUUAAUGAUUGAUAGGUAUCCGGUUCCGAGGAUUGAUGAAUUGUUUAGCGACCUCAGUGGAAAUAAAUACUUCACAAAAAUUGAUUUAUCACAGGCUUAUAAUCAACUUGAACUAGAUUCAGAAUCAAAAGCGUACACUGUAAUCAAUACACAUAAGGGGCUUUUUAAAUAUAAUCGCUUAGUAUAUGGCUUAGCUUCAAGUCCAGGAAUAUUUCAAAAAUUUAUGGCAAAUUUGUUCAAAGAUAUUCCAGAUGUGAUUACGUUCUACGACGAUAUAUUGCUAAAAAGUAGGGAUUUUAAAAGUCAUUUGGAAACAAUAGAGAAAGUCUUUAGUAUUUUGCAAAACAACGGGUUAAAAAUUAAGAAAAACAAAUGUAAUUUUUUGGCUUCCGAAGUUAAGUACUUAGGAUACAUUAUAGAUAAAGAUGGUAUAAGAGUGGACCCAGACAAAGUAAAAGCAAUUGUAGGUAUGGUUUAUCCAAAGAACGUCUCUGAGUUAAAAUCGUUUUUAGGAAUGGUUAAUUUCUAUGGAAAAUUCAUAAAAAAUUUGAGCACUCAUCUGGCUCCUUUAUAUGAGCUAUUAAAGGCAGGUAAACAGUUUAUUUGGUCUAAGGAGAGUAGUUUAGCAUUUAACAAAGUAAAGAAAUUGUUAUGUAGUGCAGAAGUUCUAGUGCAUUUUGAUAUAUCUGCAGAGUCCAUAGUGACCUGUGACGCAAGUUCGUAUGGCGUGGGCUGUGUGUUAGCGUCGCGCGCACCUAACGGUUCGGAGCGGGUCGUGGCCUAUGCCUCGCGCUCACUCACUCCUGCGGAGAGACACUACAGCCAAAUACAUAAGGAAGCCCUCGCUAUUAUAUUUGCUGUUGAUAAAUUCCAUCAAUACUUGUAUGGUCGGAAGUUUACAUUAAAAACAGAUCAUAAACCACUAGUAAGCAUUUUCGGUCCGAAUUCAGCAGUACCUUGUACAGCAGCGAGUAGGUUGCAAAGAUGGGCUAUCAAGUUAUCAGCAUAUGAUUUUAAUAUUGAGUAUAUUAAAACCGACAAAAACACAGCAGAUGCACUAUCGCGAUUAAUUACAGCACAUAAAGAGAUAGGUGAAGAUACUUUGCCAGAGCAAACAUAUCUGCAUUUUGCGACAGAAGCUCUUCUUCUGGACUACUCAGUUUUAAAAAAAGAAACCUUGUCUGACCCGAUAUUAUCAAGAGUGUUAACUUAUAUUAGAGAUGGUUGGCCGGUAGGAAAUGAAAUCAAAGAAUUAAAACCAUAUUUUAAUAGAAAAAAUGAACUUUACACCGAACUAGGUUGUAUUUUAUGGGGCCAUAGGUUAGUCAUUCCAGCUUCAUGUAGGAAUAAAGUAUUAGUAGAAUUGCAUGAUACCCAUAUGGGUAUUGUUAAAACUAAGUCGUUAGCAAGAAGCUAUGUCUGGUGGCCUGGGGUAGAUGAAAGUAUUCAAGUAAUAUGUCAGUCUUGUGAAGUGUGCGGUGCGGUCGCAAAUGCUCCACCUUCACACACGCCACAGGCCUGGCCAUGGCCAAGUAGACCUUGGUCCAGAAUUCACAUAGAUUUUUUGGGACCUAUUUCCGGUGUAACUUACUUUAUAAUAGUAGAUUCUUGCUCUAAAUGGAUUGAAGCAAUCAGAAUGAAAAGCACAAAGGCAGAUUCUGUAAUUGCUGUUCUUAGAGAUAAUUUUGCUCGCUUUGGUUUAGUAAAACAAGUGGUUAGUGACAACGGUCCACCUUUCACUAGUAAGGAAUUUGAGUUGUUCAUGAAAAGAAAUAAAAUUGAGCAUAUUUUCUCAGCCCCGUAUCAUCCGGCUUCAAAUGGAGCAGCGGAAAACGCAGUUAAGAUAUGUAAGAGAGUCAUAAAAAAAGCGGUUAAUCAAAAACUAGACCCGGACAUAGCACUUUCUCGAUUUUUAUUAGCUUAUAGAAAUACGGAGCAUUACACUACAGGAGAGAGUCCUGCUAAAAUUCUGUUGGGCAGGGAUUUACGUAUGCGUUUAGAUGCCUUAAAGCCUUCACGCGAGACGAGAGUUCAAUCGCACCAAGCUCGCAGUGAGGAGUUUGCGGGGGGAGCGCGGCGUCAACUUACACCCGGUGACCCGGUGUGGUACCGCGACUACCGCUCUCGGGACAAGUGGCUAGCAGGCCAGCUGACGGAUAGGUUAGGAACCACUGACUACAAAGUUAAAUCUGUUCUCGGAACCGAAGUACAAAGACAUAUCGAUCAAUUAAGGUUUAGAAAGGUCAAAGUAGUUGAUAGUAAUACAGGGGACAUAAAUCGUCAACCUUCACAUGUUAAUCCAAAACCUAAGUCCCGAAGUUCAUUAGCUUUUCCAACCUCAGAGAGCCCAGAACGAGACCCCGAUUCUAUGACAGCGUCGUCUGCCACAGCUGAUAUGUUGACGUCACCUAGAACGGUUCGUAAUCAAAGAGCAUCCCACAAUGAAAUGAGCAGCCCAGAUGGCAAUACGUCACGUCAGGAAGCUAUCACCGCCGUCACCGUGCCAGCAGUGUCCACGCCCGGGGGACCGAUUCAAGAUAAUGUAGUCUACAGGGAGUUAACGUCUGAUCAGCAAACAGACAGAAUUAGUAGGAUUCGUAGACCCCCUCGUAGAUACGGCUUCGAAGAUGUUUUUUUUUUCAGGUAGCAUAUAAGCAUCUUAGAUUAUUUUUUUUUAAAAUUAAACUUAUUUUUUUUUUAUCUUUUCACAUGUAUGUCAAUGUAAAUUGUUAUAUUCUUGUAACAAGUAGAGAUUUAGACCAUUAAAUAUAAAUGUUGUAUGUUGUAGUAGUAGGUAAAUCUUUAAAAUAGAUUGCAGCUGUUUAUUUUUAAGUUUUUUUUUUUUUUUUUUUUUUUACCUUUAAUAAAAGUGUUAAUUUCGGUAAAUAGGGAGAGAGGUAGGUAGGUAUUGAGGUAGCUUACAUAGAAAUAUACUUAUUGUUUUUUUUUGUUAUUUACUGUUUUCCUUAUUAUGUAUUUCCAUCAUUGAGUUAUUAAAUUACUAUUGUUAUUAAGACAGCAACCUAUCUACUUGUGAAUUUACCUAGGUAUUUGAUAUAUCUUAAAAAUCUUUAGAACACAGAGUUUAUUAACUAAUUAAUUAGCUAUGUAAGAGAGCUUAGCAUUUAAGGGGGAAGGUGUUAGAUAUUUGGCAGACUAAGUGGGCAACACUGAGCGCCAGUCUUGAAUAAACGUUUUGCAGAGUG